AUGGCACCGCCAGUGAAGAAGCCGCCAAAGCCAAUCUUCAAGAUAUCCUCGCCUUUCACAGAAACAAGAUGGCCGUCUGUGUCACAUGAAGACGAGGAAGUCGUUACAGAAUUACUAUGCAAUCUACUCACGCCUCUUGGCGAGCACCGCAGAACACAUGUCCAACCAUCGAAAGGCAAAAAGCGGAAACGAGAUACCAGGCUCCAUGCACAUGAAAAUCCUCGGCCGUCACCGCCAGCCAUCGGAUUCCAUCUUCUUGUUGGCCUAAACAGUGUGACGAGACAUUUAGAAGCUCUGGCAACCAGGACUGCACCACCAAAUGCGCCGACCAGGGAGUCAGGUGCUAGCGACAAGGACGGCUCCGCAACAGAAAAUGAAACCGAAAAGCAGCUAGAAACCACGCUGAGGCCACUGAGCAUGGUCAUCCUCACACACCCUCGCCCAUCUCUCUCCCCGUCGCACGCUCACAUACCAACACUGCUCCACCUCGCCACCUUACAGCCCAGACCAGGAUCCAAAACAUCAGCGCCUACACGCCUCGUUGCUCUGCCAACCUCCAAUGAUGCCCGCUUUGCAUCCGCACUACACAUACCACGCGUUGGUGCGAUAGGCAUUUACGAAGGUGCUCCAGGCGCAAAUGCAUUAGAAGAGUACGUGCGGCAGCACGUGGGGGCAACAGAAUGUCCAUGGGUCGACGAAGCGUUAAAGCCCGAAUGGCGAGGGUUGACUGUCAAGCAAGACUGA